AAUUGCGAGGAAAGACACGAUAUUACGGCGGUUUUGUUUUAAUUUGUCUAUUAAUUGUGUGAGCAGAUGCAGUGGGAGUUCCCAAUCUCUUGCACAGAUCUGGUGAAAUCAUUCGUAGCCAUUUAUGGUUGUAUUUUUCAUCUUAGAUUGAAUUGCAGUUUUCAUCGGUAGUUUAAUUCCGCCAGUCGCUUCGAAUGAGCAACCCCCUUUUUUCCGAAUAUAUUUUAUCAUAAAUAAGAUCGAUGAGUAAUCCUUAUUGAACCUGUUCAUCACCCCCGAGGAUCUGCAGUGAAAUCGGGCUGUGCGCGAAUCUAUUUUCCUUUGCUCAUAUUGAGAUUUUGGAAAAGAUUACUUUUUGUCAUUGGGACUUGGUGCACCGGCGCCUCGCGGAAUCUCGGCAUCUUUCCUGCCGAAAGAUCGGGAGCUGUCCGUAUGCACUUGGCUGUUGCAUCGCAGUAGGGAGGGUCCGCUUGAGAGCCUACUGGGCUGCGCUAAAGAGCGUGCUCGACUGCACAGAAACUACGCACGGAGGAUGGUUUGGAUGUAAAACAUAAACAAACGGCAAGAUGGGGAAAGACCAGGAGCUGCUACAAGCAGUGAAGACCGAGGACCUCCUGACGGUGCAGAAGCUUUUACAGAGGCCCAAGCCAGGGAAAGCAAAGCUGCUGGGUUCUGCCAAGAAGGUCAAUGUCAACUUCCAGGACAUAGACGGCUUUGCUGCACUGCAUCAUGCCGCCCUGAACGGGAACAUGGAGCUCAUCUCCCUGCUGCUGGAGUCCCAGGCCACUGUGGAUAUCAGGGACCAGAAGGGAAUGCGGCCUCUGCACUACGCUGCCUGGCAGGGAAAGGCAGAGCCAAUGAAAAUGCUUCUGAAAUGUGGCUCUUCGGUGAACGGCCAAUCGGAUGAGGGCCAGAUUCCCCUGCACCUGUCUGCACAGCACGGGCACUAUGAUGUGUCAGAGAUGCUGCUGCAGCACCAGUCCAACCCCUGCAUUGUGGACAUCGCCGGGAAAACCCCCUUAGACCUGGCGUGUGAAUUCGGCCGAGUUGGAGUGGUUCAGCUGCUCCUCAGUAGUAACAUGUGUGCCGCCCUGCUGGAGCCCAAAGCCAGCGACUCCACCGACCCCAACGGGACCAGCCCCCUGCACCUCGCAGCCAAGAACGGCCACAUCGACAUCAUCAGGUUGCUGAUCCAGGCCGGCAUCGACAUCAACAGGCAGACCAAGGCGGGCACGGCCCUCCACGAAGCAGCGCUUUGUGGAAAAACGGAGGCAGUUCGCCUGCUGCUGGACAGUGGCAUCAAUGCUGCCGUGAGGAACACAUACAACCAGACGGCCCUGGACAUCGUGUAUCAGUUUACCACCACCCAGGCCAGCAAGGAGAUCAAACAACUACUGCGAGACGCCUCUGCAGCACUGCAGGUGAGAGCACUGAAGGAUUACUGCAACAACUAUGACCUCACCAGCCUGAAUAUCAAAGCAGGCGACGUCAUCACAGUGCUGGAGCAACACCAGGAUGGGCGAUGGAAGGGCUGUAUCCAUGACAACCGCACAGGAAAUGACAGAGUGGGCUACUUCCCCUCCAGCUUGGUGGAGGUGAUCAGCAAGAGGGCAGGUUCAUGGAAUGCGGUCAUUUGUCCCCAACAGUAUGAAAAGAUACGGCUCUAUGUGCCCGCGUGUGGCCCCGGGGCCGCGGUCCUGGUGAACGGGGACUCGUACCCUCAGUUUCAUAUCCUACCACCACCGCCACCUCCGCCAAAACAUUCCCAUCAGCCACUUUUCACUUCCUUUGGCUAUAGCAGGCCCUCGAUCUCCCCAGAAGAGCUACUCUGUGGACAAGGUUCCCGCGGCUCCGAGUGCAGCCCGCACGGCUCCCCCACCCUCAACACUGGCCCCCAGGGCGGCGGCAGCGAGGAGAUUUGGGUCCUGCGCAAACCCCUAGCAGGGGGGGACCGCAGCAGCGGGGGCAGCACGAGCAGCGCGACCAGCGGCCGGUCGGCGGGGAGCGGGCAGAGCGCUAACGUGCUACACGCUCAGGCGGAGGGGGUCAAGCUCUUGGCCACUGUGCUGUCCCAGUCUGCCAAGGCUAAGGAGCACCUGCUGGAGCAGUCCAAGUCUGUGGAGCUGUCAACAGGCUCCUCUCCGCGGAUCCAGGGCUCCUCCAGCUGUCCUUUCCACGAGCAAGCGUACGGGGACGCGGGCCCAGGGAGAAAGGGCGAGGGUCCCCCUGAAGGGAAGGAUCAGACAGCCACUGCUGUGACCAAGCCUAGCCACCGCAAGAAGAUGACAUCAGAGAUGAACAAACUGAGCAUGACUGAGGGACUGCCUGACCACAAGCCUGGCAGCCUGGCUGAGUGGCUAUCUCUGAUCGGUCUGAGUCAGUACUAUCAGGUCCUCAUGCACAACGGCUACGAGAACAUAGAGUUCAUCACCGACAUCACCUGGGAGGACCUGCAGGACAUCGGCAUCACUAAGCUGGGUCACCAGAAGAAGCUGAUGCUGGCGGUGAAGAAGCUUGCGGAGCUGCAGAAGGGGUCGGAGGGGCGGGGCGCUCCGCGCAGGAAGCCGUCGCAGUCCUCCGAGGGGCCGGAGGGCCCGCCCCACGACGGGCCCGAGGCGGCGUCGCCCAAACUCAGCUCCUUCCAGGACAGCGAGCUGAGCGGGGAGCUGCAGGCCGCCCUCUCCGGGGCCGCCCCGGACGGGCCGGAGCCCCAGUGGGGCCGCGGCCCCCACGAGAACAGCCUGGCCAAGGGCCGCGACUCGGAGGAAGGGGGCGGCCCGCCCCCCAGGAAGGAGGCGCGGGUGCUGCGGCAGAGCAGCCAACCGCAGGCGCACAGGCCGCAGGCCCCGCCCACGCUGAAAACCCGCCAGUCGUUCCCCAUCGGGGCGGUGCCGUCGUACACCCCCCCGCACACCCCCACCAAAACCAAGCCCUCCUCCCCACAGACUGCAGCGCCCCCUGCUGGCAAGAUGAAGCCCCCGCAGCACCUGGUCCAGACCGAGCGCGCUCCCUCCUCUCGCCCCGCCCCGCAGUCGCCCACUCACAAAGGCCACGCCCACGGCGCCGCGCAGCCCCCCGAGACUGAGGACGGCCCCGCCCCGGCCCCCGCCCCGGCCCCCGCCGCAGGGCCCCCGGUCUCCGUGCCCCUCCUCUGCCUGCCUCCAGGCGAGGGGGAGGACCCUCAGGGCGGGGAGCAGGGCACCCCCAAAAAGCGGGCGCACAGCCUGGUGCGGUACGCCGUGUCGGACGGCGAGCAGGACCGGGAGGAGCCGGCGGCGGCCGACGCGGGGAAGCCGGGCGCCGCCCAGAGCCGAAUGGCCCGCAGCAACUCGGUCCGCGGCCAAUCGGAGAAGAGCGGGGGCGGGGGCCGCGCCCAGGCCAUCGCCCUCAGGCAGCGGAAGAAGGGUCCGCCCCCUCCCCCGCCCAAACGCUCCAGCUCCGCCAUCUCCAGCCCCAACCUGGACCCGCCCAAAGAGGAGGCGCGGGACGGGGGCGGGGGCGGCACUCUGCUGGACGUCGGCUACCAUCAGCAGCGGCGAGCCAGCGACCUGGGCGGGGUGGUGGACACGGGCAGCGCCGGCAGCGUCAGGAGCAUCGCCGCCAUGUUGGAGAUGUCCUCCAUCGGGGGCGGAGUCAAGGCGCUGCACAAGCCAAUGGCUGGUGGCGGGCAGCACUACCUGCAGGUCAGUCCUGAGCGUGCUCGUGGGGGAGCCCCUCAUGGGGGGGGUAAGCACCGUGAGGGCGUGGGUCUGGACGGCGAGGUGGUGAACCGGCGCCGGACCAUCAGCGGGCCCGUGACCAACCUGGUGGCGGCCGCUCGGCGAGACCGGGCCCCCCAGGACCCCGCAUCGGGAGACCCCCAGGGCGGGCCCCCGCCCGCGCCGAGCGCCGGACCCCCGGGGCCCCCCCCGGGCGCCCGGGAGGGCGGCCUCAACGCCAAGCAGCGGCCCGGGGAGGGGGAGGGGCCGGGCCAGGGCGUGUACGCCCUCCCGCAGGACGAGCUGUCCCGCGUGGACGCCACGGCGACGCUGAAGAGGAGGCCUCGGUCCCGCCACCAGCAGCAGCAGCAGCAGCAGCAGCAGGACGGGGUGAAGUUCCAGCUCACCGAAUCCAGCACCGUCAAGCGCCGGCCCAAAAGCCGCGAGAAGGACCCGGAACCUCCGCCGCAGGACGCCCUGCUCCUGGCCCCCUACCAGAACGGCACCGAGACGGGCACCAUAAAGAGACGGCCCUCUUCUGAGGCCAGCGGCAUGGACCAGCCCCCCCAGGACGUCUCCCACCCCCGCCGGGACAGCGCGGAGCUGGGGCCUCCGGCGGGGGACGCUGCCCCCCGAAAACCACUCAAGCCCCCCGUGUCUCCGAAGCCUGUCCUGGCACAGCACAUGAGGAAGCCUGGCCUAGCCAUGGCGCCCCCCCCAGGGCCUGGGGGUCCUGACAGCCUGGGCUCAGAGGGGAAGCGAGCUCCCCCGGCCGUGUCACCCAAGCCCACCCCUCCCCCCACUGCGCCAAAACCAGCCAAAGUCCCACAGUGUGUGGGCCACGCCCCCAGUCCCGCCCCUUCCCCAGCCAAGCAGCCCGGUGGCCCGGUGGCCACCACGCCCCCUCCUGCGUCUGCCAGCCCCCCCAAGCCCCUGAGCCCCCCAGCGCAGAGCCCCCAGACCCCCCUGACCCCUCAGACCCCCCUGACCCCCCACACCCCCAGCCCCACGCCCCCGCCGGUUAAACCCCCGCGCUCGUCCAUCAGCGGGGCCUCCAUGGACAGCGGCGUGGGCCCCAGCGACAGCGCCCAGCAGAAGCUGGAGGAGACCAGCGCCUCUCUGGCCGCUGCACUGCAGGCUGUGGAGGAGAAGAUCAAACAGGACAACAGCUCGGUGGCUCAGGACAAGAGCACGGUCAGCAUCCUGGACGACAUCGGCAGCAUGUUCGACGACCUGGCCGACCAGCUGGACGCCAUGCUGGAGUGAAGAGCACAGCGAACACCCCCC